UGCUUGAAAUGAAAGGAAAAUUUUCCAGCACUGAACUUCAUAGGUGACAAGGUGCUGCAAUUGUUGGAGGGGUUGGAAUUGGAACCAACAGUGCAUAUAUCUUACAGAAGACUCUAAAAACCCGACAGCAAAGAUUGGGUCAAUCCAUUACUGUGAGGGGCAGUGACCAAUAGAAAAGGAAGGAGAAGAUCCAAGAAAGCUGAGGUACUAAAAUGGCAAUCUCAACCUGUUUGAUGAUCUGGGUGUUCCUCAUAGCAGAGACUGUGUGGACACAGAGAGUGAGGCAGGCCUAUGAGGUACAGGACCCAGAAGACUGGGAUGUGAAUGAUGAUUUCUAUUGUCCUAGGGAAUGUUUCUGUCCCCCGAGUUUCCCUACAGCCUUAUACUGUGAGAACAGAGGUCUCACAGAGAUCCCCGUUAUUCCUUCAAGGAUCUGGUACCUCUACCUGGAAAACAACCAGAUAGAAACCAUACCUGAGAAACCAUUUGAGAAUGCCACCCAGUUAAGAUGGAUCAAUUUAAAUAAGAACAAAAUAACCAACUAUGGGAUUGAGAAGGGGGCCCUGAGCCAGCUAAAGAAGCUUCUUUUCCUGUUUCUGGAAGACAACGAGCUGGAGGAGGUACCUUCUCCUUUGCCAAGAAGUUUGGAACAAUUACAGUUAGCUAGAAACAAGGUAUCCAGAAUCCCUCAGGGGACCUUCAGUAACCUGGAAAACCUGACCCUUCUUGACCUGCAGCAUAACAAACUUAUCGAUAACGCCUUUCAAAGAGAUACCUUCAAGGGGCUUAAGAACCUUAUGCAGCUUAACAUGGCCAAGAAUGCCCUGAGGAACAUGCCACCAAGAUUACCAGCCAACACCAUGCAACUGUUUCUGGACAACAACUCCAUUGAAGCAAUUCCUGAAAAUUAUUUCAAUGUGAUUCCUAAAGUGGCCUUCCUGAGACUCAACCACAACAAACUAUCGGAUGCCGGCCUCCCAUCCAGAGGUUUCGAUGUGUCGUCCAUUCUGGAUCUUCAACUGUCUCACAAUCAGCUCACAAACUUUCCCCGAAUUAGUGCAAACCUGCAGCACCUUCACCUCGAUCACAACAAAAUUAAAAACGUGAACAUGUCAGUAAUAUGUCCCACCACACUGCGUGCAGAACAGGAUGCCUUCAUUCACGGACCCCAACUGAGCUACCUGCGCCUGGACGGAAAUGAAAUCAAGCCGCCAAUCCCAAUGGAUUUAGUGACAUGCUUCAAGCUGCUUCAGGCCUUCAUUAUAUAAACAGCCACCAAACACACACUGGAUUAAGAGUAGAUGAGUGUGGUAUGGAAUUUGGUUGUUUCUCCUAGGUUUAGGUCUCAAGCCACACUUACAAUUGUCUUAACCACUAUUUGCAUAUGUGUAGCUUGCUGUUUCCAUGGGAAGAUGCUUUGGUCCGUGGCAUACAGGUAUCACUUGUAUUCAUUUGCUUGUCUCUGAUUAACUAAACAGACACAGAGUUGAGGUAACUUCUCAACUCAAAGCUAUUUUCAUCUCUUUGCAGCUACUAAUAUCAAGUAAACUUUUUAAUGGUGAAAUAUUCAAAAUGAUUUACUUGUCUAUGACCAAGUUUUUGUGUGCUGGUAGUGUAUAUUGAGACAGCAGUAGGAAGUUCUGAAAAAAAAAUGAAAAACUAAAUAUGCUUUUGUGAUAAUUAUCAUGAACCUGCUAGUCCAAUGUCUCCAAAUAGAAAUAUCUGGCCAUUAGAGCUAAACAACAGAG